GUUCCGGUGCCGGUGCCGGUGCCUUUCCGCCGGCGGCGGGCGGCGGCCAUGGCGCGGAGCACGCUCUCGUCCCGCUUCCGCCGCCUCGACAUCGACCAGUACGACGAGAACCGCUUCGUGGAGGAGCCCGAGGAGGCGGCGGCGGCCGAGCCCGACGCGGGCCCCGAGGUGGAGGCGCUGCUCAGGCAGGGCGAGGCGCUCCGCGCCUUCCACGCCGCCAUCCGCAGCUCCCCGGGCAGCAGCCGCAGCCAGGCCGUGAAGGAGCAGGCCCAGGGAACGAUGCUUAAAGUCCUCACAUCUUUUAAAAGCAGUGAAAUAGAACAAGCGGUGAAUUCCUUAGACAGAAACGGUGUUGAUUUGUUAAUGAAGUACAUUUAUAAAGGAUUUGAAAAGCCAACAGAAAACAGCAGUGCAAUAUUACUCCAGUGGCAUGAAAAGGCACUGGCAGUAGGAGGCCUGGGCUCCAUUAUAAGAGUUCUCACAGCAAGAAAGACUGUCUAAAGACUGUUAACUUGGACAGAGGUGACGGUCAGGGUUGGACUCGGAAGAAGGAAUAAGCUGAAAUUACACUGGUCCAUCUUUAUUAGAGAUUGCAAUCUACUGAAAUCCUACAGUAACCUCCUCUUGGAAUGCUUUUAACCUUAAAGGUGGGGGAAGAGUAAAGGUAUUCCUGCAUACUCCGACUAUCACAUACAGGAGCCAAGACAUGCUCCUGCUCCCUUUAAUGGGCAGGGAGAAGGCACACUCCUGCCUCCUCCUGCUGUAAGUGAACAGGUAUUUCAGAUGCUGCUUUAGCCAGGUGUGGUGGUACAAGCUCCCGUGUGUCCUGCUUAGUCCCAAGGUAGCUGUGUCCAGGCUGGGAUCCUGCAGCUGAGGGUGGGAGAAGGGCUCUUAGAACGUGUGGGCGAAGGACUCUUGGACUCUGGCGUUGGGUUAAUGUAAAGUGAAGUGCCUGCUGUAUCAAUAAAGCUCUUGGAUCACGUGA